UAUGUGCGUAUAGCUUUCACUCACAUUUUUAAUUAAUACAGAUGGUGCAUCCUUUCUGUGCUCCACAGGAACUCUCCUUGAGCUUUUUCAUAACCAAUACAAAACCUUUAAACGAUACUUAAAAGUUCAUCAACUAUUAAUCAGAUUGCCAAGAUGUUGACUUGGAUAUGUAGAAUGUUCACAUUGCCAAUCUGGCCGGUCACAUAUUUCUGUGAUAAGAUGAGAUCACUGAUCGAUAACUGGAAGUUAUCUGGAGAUAAUUGGACAGAUCCAGCACUAAAGCAACAUACGGACGAUAAUACCAAGCUAGCUGUCCUUUGGAGAGAAACCAGGAGGAUAAACACCGUCUUCAUUUCAAUCACUGUCGAUACUCAGGACUUAGACCAAAGUCUAAUUACUGGUAUUGGAGUGUCUACUUGGCGCCCGGAUUUCUUAGGGGAUUCUUACACAAGCUGUUACCAUUGGCAAGUCGAAGAUAUAAGCGUUCUUGACAGUAAACGCGUGCCAAACAAUAGUCACACUCUUACCUUUGCUAAAAGGGGGACAAUCAAAAAAGAUCAAAUAGGGGCAACGGUCAACGAUAUUUUUGAGUCUUUGAGGACUAAAUUCCAAAGAAUAGUUGUCGUCGGAUACGAUAUCGGCACCACGCUAGAGCUACUGAGAG